ACAGAACAGCAGCCUGGAGACGAUCAAAUAUGGUUUAGAAGACAGAGGCGACUGGGGUGUGAUGUACGUGUCUCAACAUGGAGUCUGAAAAUGCCACUGACCGAUAUGAAGACAACAAGGAUGGAAGUCGACAGUCCCUCCGGAGUAGAAGUAAAGAUUCCCGAGCAUCAUCCAUCCAAAAACACAAAAGCAAUUCCCGGGAUAAUAUCCAGGAUAAGGAUGAAAAAGAUUCCUGUGCUGAGAGUAGAUCCAAAACUAGAACCUGGCGUUCAGAUCCUGAUCGGGACCAGGUAUCAGGUGGUGAGGGUCGGAGAAGUAGUGCCUCCUUUUACUCGGAGGACUAUGAGAACGAGUCUCCCUCAGAGCGUUCGCUUUCACCACAUUCCCGAUCCCGGACGCCAUCCCCGACUCCUCAAAAAGGGGUGCGGGCAAAGAGGAUUUCUGUCAGCCCCGUCUACAAAACAGGUGGUGUGGGGCGCAAGGGUUUGUCCCGUCCACAGCGUUUAGGUCGCCAACCCCUGACCCAGCAGCAUCGGAGGGGAGUGCGAUCACAAAGCAACGAGUCCACAACCCCAAAAGACCUGGAUCUGGUGACCAAGCGGAUGCUGUCGGCCCGCCUGCUAAAGAUCAAUGAAUUGCGCAACGCUCUUGCCGAGCUGCAGCAGCGCACUGAUGAGCUGCAGAAAGAAAACCGAGUCCUCAGACAGCUUCAGUUUCGUCAAGAGAAAGCCCUGCAGCGCUACGAUGACACAGAAAGCGAGAUUUCCCAAUUGUUGUCGCGCCACUCCAACGAGACCACGGUGCUGCGCGAACGACUCAGGCGCACUCAAGAGCGCGAACGUGCGGCCGAGCGGAGGCUGAAAGAAAGCGAGGAGCAGCUGCAGAGAAGUCAGACAGCCGUCAUCCGGCUAAAGAAGCUGGUCGACCAGAGGGAGUUAGGAGCCAGGGACGAGUUGAGCCGCAAGCUGGAGGAAGAAAAGACACGAGCCCAGGAGGCAGAUCGCAAGAUUAAGGAGCUGGAGCGCAGCAUGGAGCUGAGCAACAGCAGUUACCAGAGGCAGUUGGCUGCAGAGAGGAAGAAGACCAUCAGCGCCCAGGAGGAGAUCAGGACCCUGCAGGAGGAGCUGGAACGACUGACCAACAGACUUAAGGAGAAGGAGAGAGAACUAGACACCACGAACAUUUAUGCCAACCGCAUGGGGAAAUCCUCACGUAGAACAGAUGCUGACAGCUGCACAAAGCGGAAAGUCCCCAGCAGGAGCAGCAGCAAGGCAGUGCAGACUCAACAUAUGGUGUCCAGUCUGGGUUUCCCCACACCCCCCCCUGCCAUCACCGAUGCCAAUGAUUACAGUGAGCAGGGACCUGAUGAAUACCUAUCACUCAAGGAGCUUGGUGGAGUGGACAGACAGGCAAAGACCGAUGACAGGAAUCAAAACGGGGAACGACAGAAGCCGAGUGACAAGGAAAAGGAAAGAGACAGAGAGAAAGAGCAAGACAAGCAGCAGCUCAAGCAGGAGAUGAAUGCGCUUAAAGAGAAGGCGAAGAGAUUAGGAGACGGCGGUGAGAAAGAAUCUGAGGAAGAAGAAAGAAAGAAGACAAGUUCACUUUUGAACCAGAAGGAGAAUGAGAUCAACAGGAAGCAUGGGCAUGUCCAGGAGGAGGUGGAGAGGUGGAACCAAGAAGUUCUGACCAAUCAGCAUGCAGCAGAGGAAGCACGUCAGAAAAAAGAGCAGCUGCUGGCCAAGAUGCGCGAUAUAGAUCGUCAAAAUGGCGGCGGCCAGGACGCCAUGUUUGCUGAGUCGACCCUUUCCGAGACCAACAAAGGUUCCAGCGACCAUUUUUCUCCUCGCCCUCCUGAGCAGAGGAACCAUAACUCUUCGAUUUUCAGCCUCACGGCACCAGAGGAGUCUGCCAGUUUGGGUGCUGGUGAUGGAAGCGGAGGAGGUGGAAGGAGAAUAGCAGGUAUAGAGGGUGGAGCAGCGAUAACAGGGUUGGGGAGGAGAGCACUACGCCCUCAAAUCUCCAGUGACGAUUUGGCGUUCGGAGCCUACUCGCCAUCUUUUGGGCUUUCAACUUCCCGCGGGUCUUUUGGUUUCCCUCCACCUCCGUCCAGAGAGGACAGGGACUCUGCUUUAGAGUCAAUAGGUGUUUUUAGUCUCAGAGGGCUGGAGACAGAAAGAGAGAAGGACACAGAAAAAGGGACGGGCAAGGACAGAAAGUCUAGUCUCAUGCAGCAGCUCUUUGGAGCAAUAGCCACACCCACUGGUGACGGUGUGAGCUCCUCCAAUAGAAUGGGGGUCCUCAGUAGUCCUCCGAUUACAAAUGGGGUACAUUCAAGAAAGGAAAGACUCCAAAGCUUCAACUCAGGGUCUUCCACUCCUCCUGCGACCUCUUUAAGCAUCCUACAUGUAGCUGAGAGCCGACCUGCCAUCCGGGCCAUCCCUUCAUUCGACGACGACAUCGAAGAACUGACUUUAUGAAAGUAAUUUAGCAGAGAGGUAGUCGGCCUCAUAGUCGGCCGUUACGUCUGUUAGAAACACGUAGAAAAUGACACAGGGUCAAAUUAAAUGAGGACCAUUAUCAAGGAAAACCACCAGACAUAGAAGGGAAGAAACUGCAAAGCAUACAAAGCACUAUAUGACAAUACAAAUGAUAAUAUAUUUCAGCUUUUUAUCAAUUUAUCAUGUAGGAAAUAUGUUAUUUUUUCAGUGGUAGUACAGAACAUGUGUUUUAAUUGUAGUUGCACUUUUUGAAGAUGUGUUUCACUGGCUGUAGUUCAGAUUUCCUGUCAGUUUAUCUGAGAAACACAAAGUCCGCAGAGCCACAACAACCACGAUCCCUGCAUCUUGUCCAAUAAACCGAAAGGCCCAACACGAGGAGAACAGACAGUGAAACUGGGAAAAACAUUGUAUCAAUACGUUUCACAUUUCAGCACUUUGCCAUAUUUUGUAGUGCUCAUAUGUAAUUAUAGAUCUAUUUAUUUUUGUGGGUACAUUUGUGGAACAACAUUUAUUCCAUUAACUUUUGUUUCUCUCUGAGACGCACUAAUUUAUCAUCAAGCGAUAUGACAAUCAUACUCUACGUGGACAAUCACAAAAAAUAGGUUAUUUUUGUAACUUCCUGCAAGUUUAUGUUUGUUAUUACAAUUGUUCAUAUACAUUUUUUGUGGGAAAAUGUCAUAAACCCCACAGAUAAGAUAUUAUAGUUGAAUAAUCAGCAUAUUGGUUGUGUGUAAUCUAGCACAUUCAAAAGAUAUGGCUUUCUUUAGGCCUAUUUAUAGGAGUGAAUACUCUUAAUUCCUGGUGUGUUUCAGGGUAGUAUUACACUGAGCAGAUAAUCAGCACUAAUACAAACAAUCAAGAGAAGCUACCAUGCUCUAUUUAUAUAUCUGUUUAUUUCGUAUAAAAUGUUGUAUUUAUAAGAAUAAAAGUCAACGUGUAAAAAUUGGUAUUUGUAUUUUCUCAGGUUCGAGGAGCUCUUUGUUAUAUGGUCGUUUUCA